UGCGUUACGCAGAAAAGAGGGCGAGGGAAAAUGUUUUGAUUCCCAAGGACGAGAACUUGCAAAACAAACUACUAAAAAGCCCGAGUAUGGAGAACAAAAAUGGCGGCUUCGAAGGCACAUGUGGAUGUUGCAGAGCGACGACUUCGGCCUGUUUAUGAUGCCCUGGAUAACUUGAAUAAUAAACAAGCCAUCAAGCUAACAGAUAACAUAUUAAAGAAACAAAAAGAUUUUCACUGUGCCAAGGCAUUAAAAGCCCUGGCUUUAAUACGUUCAGGAAGAGCUAGUGAAAGUCAUGCUAUUCUUGACGACAUCAAACAGACUGCUGUCAAAUUAGACGACUCUACUCUCCAAGCAAUGACAAUGUGUUAUAAAGAAACAAAAAAUCCACAUGGUGUUGUUGAUAUCUAUGAAUUGGCAGUAAAACAAACAUGCAAUAAUGAAGAGUUUUUAAGUCAUUUGUUCAUGGCUUGUGUAAGAGUACAGGAAUAUGCUAAACAACAAAAGGCUGCUAUGAAUCUGUACAAAGCGUUUCCAAAGAAUCCAUAUUAUUUCUGGGCUGUAAUGAGUUGUGUGAUGCAGGCUGUUUCUUCAAAAGAAGUGAAAAAGAAGAACAUGUUUUUAAGCUUGGCUGAAAGAAUGGUUGAAAAACUUUUGAAGGAGGAAAAAGUUGAUGCAGAGGAAGAAGUGAGACUGUAUGUGAUGAUUCUGGAACAGCAACAAAAAUAUGAACAGUUACUGGAAUUAGUGCAAACUGAUUUCGGAGAAAAAUUGCGAUGUAUUCUCAGUGAAAAGGACGAAAAAAUUGUUGAAUAUUUAAUGCUAUUAAAGAAAUGGCCUGAGGCAAAUUUAAAAUAUAAAGGUCUAAUAGAAAAACACAUUGACCAAUGGUCUUUUUACAAAGGAUAUUUGUCAUCUUUUAUUCACCUUCGAGCUUCUGGCUACUCUCCUGACGCCCCAGUUGAUACCGAAAAUAUACAACCUGAUUACACAACCGAGCAAGUAAAAUCUUUUCUGCUAAAGCUGGGAGAAAACUCAGUAUCACGAGCACCCACCCUUGCUGUUAUGGAACUGAUAAAAAUUGAUGACACAAUAAAAGACAAGUCUGAAGAGCUUGGUGGUUAUCUCAUGAAAUAUUUUGAAGCCUUUGGUUCGAAGCCGUGCUGCUAUAGUGAUGUCCAAAGUUAUUUUGAUUUAUUAAAAAAUGAUAAAGCAAAAAAGGUAAUUGAGAAACUGCAUUCUAACCUUGGGACUUGUGAUGAAGAUGCCACUUGCAAGGAAAAGGUACGUUAUCUAGUGCAAGGAAUUUGUUUGGAGUGUUUGUCUCGACAACUUGGAUUUCAAAAUAGUCUCACAAAUGAUGCAAAGUUUGAAAAGGCUAAAGCAUACAUGAAAAGAUAUAAGGAAUCUUUAAAGCUAGGUUCUGAUUUAAAUGCUACAGAACCACAAUAUGGCGAUCAACUUGUUCUCUUGGCUGUGUACUUACUGCUGGAUGUAAACUGUGUAAAAGGAGAUGAGAGUAUGGUUUGGCACAUUCUGCUGUUUCUCGAAGAAGCCGUCGAAAGCAGUCCCACAUUUGCACAGUUUAAAUUAUUACUGUUUUAUUUAUACUCAAAGUUAGGUGCUUUUGGCGCUUGUGAAGCAUUAAUAAGCGACGUGGAAGUGAAAUAUAUUAUGUACGACUCGCUUGGAUAUUUGCUCACGGCUGGCUCGUACAUAUCUGGUCAAUUCCAAUCGACAGACAGACUCUACGAUUCGUCUAUUGGAUUUUUCAUGUCAAGUCAAAAGGACACUCCAGAGCAAAUAAUUGCAUCCUACAAAUACGGAUCAUUUGGACAGGUAUUAGAAAUGACUGAAUUGAAGAGGCGAUUAAGCAAAUCUUAUCAAUUUGCUCAGUUGAAGUUGGAGAAGCUCUACAUUGACCUGCUGAAGUACGCAAACACUGUUGGUGAAACUAAAGACAAAUUCUCGGAAAUCCAAUCAGCCUUAAAGAAGAUUAACAUAACAGAUUUAACGACAGAAAAUCUUUGUGAUAAUAGGGACUUGAGUUUCAUGGAUAAUUUCGAACCGAUGCUACAACGGCUGACAGAUGCUGAAAAAAAAGUGUCGUUUAAAGACAAUGUGUCGUGGAUCCGUCUGCGCUAUCUUCUGCUCAAAGUCGUCUCGAAUUGUCUGCCUCUGGAGAAUGAGGUAAAGGAGGCUGUCGUUAAUGGAGAUGCAGAAAUAAAUGGAGAUGCGAUGGAAAUAUAUUUGCAACUGAUUGACGAGUAUCCUUCAGUAGAACCAUCAUCCGUUGCACUGUUAGAUCGCUGGUCGAGUAUACACCGUCCUCCUCCAAGUCCCGUUGACAUGUACACCAGCUUAAAAUACCAUCGUGUUCUCGUGUCGCUGGUAAAAUGUUGUGAAACGUUAAAGCACUCCACAGAAUUAGAUGACACUUGUAUACAAUUUGUGACGGAUGACAUGAAGUUGGCAAGCGACGUUUUGACAGCAAAUUUUGAUGUCAUCGUUUCUCAGUUAACGCGAUCACACGGCGAUAACCAAAUGUUCAAUGGGAAAAACUUAGCAAACAUCGUUUAUUUUGUCGAGACAUGCAACCUCUCCAUCGUACUUGUUCUUGCUAUGAAAUUAGCAUUGGAAAAUAAACUAAUAACGCUUCGCAGGGGGAAGAGGAAAAAAGGGACGAGUAAACAUGUCGAGAUUACUUCAGCACUAAAACAUUUCUCCAAAACGCUGAAAGAAAAGUUGAAGUCGUUGUUGGAAAAACUAACGGCCGUGAAAGUGGAAGUAAUCGAGAAAACUCUGGACAUCGAGGCGAUUGAGGAACUUUUUGAACAAACCAAUUCGACAACUGUUACCAAAGUUUGGCAGAAGAUUCAGGCUAGUUAUAAGCAGUCGAUCGAGGAGAUCAACCAAAUUAUAGGGUUGAAAUUGAAAUAUAUUGAUGCGCUCGUGUAAAAGAAACAAGAACAAGAUGUUACGGCGAAGGAUAAUAGCUGAGAAGAGACAAGUUUAAUCGCCUGGUUCUCAACGGAACAGUUCGCUGCACCAGUAUGCCGAAUAUUUUCCGGUCGACCGGUAGGAACGUGAAGUGUGAACGUUUUUUGUGUAGAAUGUGAAAUGAUUAUUUUAAUAUUUUAGUUGAUUUUUUUAUUGAAUAGAAUCAUUGAUAGGAUGGUCUA